AUGCUCACCUCGCUUCUUCUCACUCUCGGCGCUGCCGCCAGCGCCUCCGCCGGCCCCAUCCUCAUCCCCCGCGAGCUCAAGGAGUACUCGGCCGAUGUCGAGCUCCACUCCUCGUGCAAUGCCACUCAGCAGCGCAUGCUGAAGCAGGCCCUCGGAGAGAUGAACGAGGUCACCUCGUUUGCCAUCGAGUACCUCGAACACAAUGGCGCGCAGGACCAAGUCUUCACGACCUAUUUUGGUACCGAGCCCGAAGCGUACCCGACCGUUAUCGGCGCAUACAAGGCUCUCCUCAGCGCGAACAAGAAGGGCGUCCUCAUCCGCUGCGACGACCCCGACGGAAACUGCCACCAAGACGGUUGGCGCGGCCACUACCGCGGCGAGAACGCGACCACUGAGACCGUCAUUUGCGACUCGUCAUACACCGACCGCCUCUUCAACUCUGCCUUCUGCAUGUUUGGCUUCCAGCUCGCCAAGGACAAGCCCAGCACGUACUGGUCUAUUGACCUGAUGUGA